AGCGAGGCGGCAGAGAAGGGGAGGGAAGAAAGUUGGUUUCCCCCGACGUCAGCGCCGGGCGGGCCGCGGCGGCCGCGGAGCCAGGAGGCGGCCGGGAGCGGGGCCGAGCGCGGGGCGGCCGGGGCGCGCUCGCUCCGACCCGCGCCUGCCACCCCCGCCUCGGACCCGCGCCCGCCACCGCCGCCGGCGCCCGGGGCGGCCCGCGGGCAAUGGACAGCGCGGCCGGCGCCGCCUUCGCCCCGGACAAGCCGGCGCUGGGCCCGGGGCCGCCGCCGCCGCCGCCGCCGCCGCCGCCAGCGCUGGGCCCCGGCGACUGCGCCCAGGCGCGCAAGAACUUCACGGUCAGCCACCUCCUGGACCUGGAAGAGGUGGCGGCGGCCGGGCGGCUAGCGCCGCGCCCCGCGGCCAGGGCAGAGGCGCGGGAGGGCGCGGCGCGCGAGCCGUCCGGGGGCAGCAGCGGCAGCGAAGCGGCGCCGCAGGACGGUGAGUGUCCCAGCCCCGGGCGCGGAGGCGCCGCCAAGCGGAAGAAGAAGCAGCGGCGGAACCGCACCACGUUCAACAGCAGCCAGCUGCAGGCGCUGGAGCGCGUGUUCGAGCGCACGCACUACCCCGACGCCUUCGUGCGGGAGGAGCUAGCCCGGCGCGUCAACCUCAGCGAGGCGCGUGUCCAGGUCUGGUUUCAGAACCGCCGGGCCAAGUUCCGCCGAAACGAGCGGGCCAUGCUGGCCAACCGCUCAGCCUCGCUGCUCAAGUCCUACAGCCAGGAAGCCGCCAUCGAGCAGCCUGUGGCUCCCCGGCCCACUGCCCUGAGCCCCGAUUAUCUCUCCUGGACGGCUUCAUCCCCCUACAGCACGGUGCCGCCAUACAGCCCAGGAGGCUCAGGCCCUGCGACCCCGGGGGUCAACAUGGCCAACAGCAUCGCCAGCCUCCGUCUCAAGGCCAAGGAGUUCAGCCUGCAUCAUAGCCAGGUGCCCACGGUGAACUGACAGCCAGCCCCGCCAGGACCCCGCUGCCUCCCUGGCUGCCUCCCCGCUGCCUCCCUGGGCAGGCUGGGUGGGCUCUCCUGGCCCCUCUCUUCAGCCCGGACUUCUGAGCCCAAGAGGCUGCUGAGAUGCCCAGAGCCUGGCUCAGCCCUUCAUCCACGGCCGCUGGAGACUGCGGCCCCUGACCCUGGAGGUGUUGGG